AUGUCUCUCUCUCUCUCUUCGCAAAAAUUAUCUAUCUAUCUAUCUAUCUAUCUAUCUAUCUAUCUAUCCGUCUCGCUAAAUUUUUCUAAUUCUCGCCCCACCUUCCUUUUUCUUUCUUUCUUUCUAUCUAUCUAUCUAUCUAUCUAUCUAUCUAUCUAUCUAUCUAUCUAUCAUCUAACUAUCUAUCUGUUCAUAUCUAUCUAUCUAUCUAUCUAUCUAUCUAUCUAUCUAUCUAUCUAUCUAUCUAUCUAUCGCAGUCUGUUCAUAUCUAUCUAUCUAUCUAUCUAUCUAUCUAUCUAUCUAUCUAUCGCAGUCUGUUCACAUUCAUCUAUCUAUCUAUCUAUCUAUCUAUCUAUCUAUCUAUCUAUCUAUCGCAGUCUGUUCAUAUCUAUCUAUCUAUCUAUCUAUCUAUCUAUCUAUCUAUCUAUCUAUCUAUCGCAGUCUGUUCAUAUCUAUCUAUCUAUCUAUCUAUCUAUCUAUCUAUCUAUCUAUCUAUCUCAGUCUUUCUAUCUCACGAUACUUGCUUCUUUCUGGCGUCCUCACCCCGCCUGUUGCCAUUCAACUUUGCGUCGUGCUACUGCCCUUUCGUGCUCCAGAAGCAAGCCAACUUGGAAGCUCGGUUACACAUCGGCUCUGUUUUUGAAAGCCAUCAGCACCAUUAUCAUCGUCUACAUCGUCAACGUACUCGUCGCUUCUACGUCACUUGCCUUCGUAUCGGCUUUGCUGCUGUGCCUCUAUCGUUGCUGGCGUCGACGUCAGCGGGCGUCGACUUCGACGUCGACGUCGGCUGCAGUUGAUCAAGUCGACAGCGUCGCUAGCGUUAGCACCGUUUCGUUCGCAUCGGGUUCCCUGGUUCCUUUCCACUUCGGCAACGCAUCGUCAACGUCCGCUGCGCGGCUACAAGGCUUCCGUCGUCAGCGCUCGGCAGCGACGCUGUUGCUUGUGAUGUCAACAUCAUUAGCUUCAGUAGCUGCCUCCUCUCCCGUUUCUACGAUGACCGAAACGCCUUUCCGGAGCAAACUAAUGUCGCUCAAAGAAGAUCUGAAGAGCCAUAGUUUUUGGAAAGCAGUGCGUUGCGAAUUCCUCACCACGCUUCUAUACACCUUCAUUGGGUGUGGAUCGUGGACAGUAUGGUCACAGGACGCAAAAAGACAGCUACUGGACGAAAGAAGAAUUGUCGAACACGAGGUCAAAAUUGCCCUCACGUUCGGACUAGCUACAGCUACUUUUGUCCAGUGCGUAGGACAUAUUAGUGGUGCCCAUCUCAAUCCGGCCGUUACCAUGGCAAUGUUGGUUACGCGUAACGUCAAUGUAUUACGAGCUGUCUUUUAUAUAACAUCUCAGUGUGCUGGUGCUAUCACUGGCGCAGGAAUUCUGUACGGACUGACCCCACCUGAAGCACAUGGUAUACUAGGAGUCACUACUGUUCACGCGGACAUGACCAAAGGUCAAGCUUUUGGUGUGGAAUUCAUGGUAACGUUCAUCAUGGUUUUUACUUUUUUUGCUAACCUUGAUCCUAAGCGUUCGGAUAUGGGUUCCCGGUCACUUUCCAUAGGAUUAUCUGUUACCCUUGGACACAUGUUUGCGGUAGUGGCGAAAAGCGCCGUCCUCGUUUUCUGGAAGUCGCUAGUUCGAUCCCUGCGUCAAGCAGUGUAG